UUUCACUGGCUUCUUUUUGUUUUUUGUUUUUUUGUGGAGUACCACACGCGAGCAGGGGGAUUUUUUUCUUUUCUUUUUACUUUUAUCGUGAUCGAGAUGAAGCGACGCGGAAUAAAGUGGCAGAAGGACUGAAUCGGGUUGCACACCUGGACGCGGAGCUGCGAUGGCCAAGUGGCUGAAGGACUACCUGAGCUUCGGCAGCAGGAAGGUGCCUCCCCAGCCGCCGACACCAGACUACACGGAGAGCGAGAUCCUCAAAGCCUACCGCCUGCAGAGGGACCUGGACUUCGAGGAUCCCUACGAGGACCCGGAGAGCAGGUCCAGGGGCGAGUCCGGGACCCCUGACCCCGCCACGCCUGUGUACGGCUCGCCCAUGAAGUCGUCCAGCGUGGACGGGAAAUCUCCCAAGCACAGGCUGAUCAAAGUGGACUCCCAGGAGCUGGGGAGGACCAAGAUCCUCCUCAGCACUGUCUCUCUAGAGGACCAGCAGGAGCCCGUGGUGCCGUCCGCUCCGUUGGCGGGCGACACGGAUUAUUCUGACCCGUUCGACGCCCGCGCGGACCACGGGUCAGAACCAGAUCUCAGACCUGUUCCGCACGAGAACAACGGCUACAUGGAGCCGUAUGAGGCCCAGCGGGUCAUAACAGAGCUGCAACGCGGCCCAGGAGGAGGACGUUCGCGGGGCGGGGUGCAGCUCUACGAUACCCCCUAUGAAGAUGUGCGAGCACAGCGCCCGGGUCCUCCGUACGGAGAAGCUCAGGAGGAGAGCAGCAGGCUGCCGCAGGACGACGAGAGGCCGGCCGAUGAGUACGACCAACCCUGGGAAUGGAAGAAGGAUCACAUCUCCAAAGCUUUUGCAGAAAUGAGGGACUUGUCGGAGUUGCCUUGGCCGUCCCCGGUGGGUCAACUGGAGGAGGAGCCCCCAGUCAGAGAGCCAGCAGCGCAGUCGGAUGGCAGCGUGGAGUGGGACCGCUCCUCGUCGCCCACGGAGCGGUUGCGCCCGGCGGGGCCGAGGUCCAGCCCGCUGGCAGGAGGCGGGGUGAAGUUUCGAAUGGCGCAGGAAGGCCUCUGCGUGGUGGGGGAGAGAGUGGACCCCACUCUGCCUCUGGAGAAGCAGGUAUGGUACCACGGGUCGCUGUCGCGUUCGGAGGCGGAGUCGCUGCUAACGUUGUGUAAAGAAUGCAGCUACCUGGUGAGGACGAGCCAGACCAACCGCUCUGACUACUCCCUGUCCCUGCGGAGCUGCCAGGGUUUCAUGCACAUGAAGGUCACCCGUUAUAAAGACGGCAAGUACGUGCUGGGACAGAACAGCCCGCCCUUUGACACCAUCCCAGAAGUCAUCCACUUCUACACCAAUCACAAGCUUCCGAUCCGAGGCGCCGAGCAUCUGUCUCUGCUCUUCCCCGUGCUGGUGCAGACACUCUGACGCUCCUCCCCGGACCUCCAGGACCUCCAGGACGUCUGUGGGAUCGGUCGCGUAAAAGCUUGAAUGUUUGAUGGGAUCCUCCCAGCCCCCUCUCUUCUUACUGGACCCGAGAAGGAGAGAACUGGACUACUUUUGAUGUUUCAGCACACCAGGCGGGUCUGACAUCCAGGGGACGGAUCCACAUGAAAUGCAAUACCUGAACUUUGGGCAACCUCUGCUGCAACUUCUCAUUUCCUCACUGACAUCUCCUGACUUCAUGUGAAAUGAUCCCUUUCUUUGUAACGGGUCUUACACAGCUGACUGGAAUGCAGAGAACGUUAGCGGAGCUGUAAGAAAGUCCGUACGUUCUGAAUGUACCGAUUCCCCAGUUUAUGGGAGAUUUUAGAUUUCGUUACUGCUGUUACCACAAAAAACACCUCAUCGACGCUGGUGAAGACGUAUUGCUGUUGUCGCGUGAAACCUCACUACUCAUUUUUCAUGUUUAUAUGAAACGAAAGUUAAAUGGUCGUGUAUAAGAUGAGAAAACGUUUUCAUCCUCGGCCUUGAGGGAGGGGAAUUCACGUUUUCCCUGGAAAAAAAAAACAAAAACAAGAAAAACAUAUUUUCAAAAGAUUUUUACCGUCAGCUGUUAUAUUUCUGUUGCUUGUCCGCAGCGUGUGAACCUUCACCCCGUCUGUCGAGCUGCUGUGCGAUGAAGAUUUGCUCGGCACGUCUCCACGUUACCCACCAGGGAGACUGUGGUCUGUGUUGGUACUUGUGUUGACCUCGUCGACCUGGAACUCUUGUUGUGUGCUUCUGUUGUGUUUGUUAGACAAUGCUGGGUUUGCAAAAAAGAAAAAAAAGAAAAAACUAAAACCAA